GGGGCAAGUAUGAAAUUCCGCAUGACGACAAUGACACCCCUUGAAAAUGGACAAUUUAUCCCACAGGAUCCAUGACAAUGAGAAUGAGCAGCGUUUCUACUGCCGACGGACAGUAUGACUGAAGGCGAGUUCGAAGAAGUAUGUGGGUAUUCUCUCACUCAAAGUCAGAGCUUCACCAAAAAGGUAAUUUUUGGCCCAAACAGGUAUAUUCGUUCAAAAGCGGAGGGAAAGGCUCGGAUCCCAAAAAAUUUGGCUGGCUGAUAAAGGACACGAUUCGUACUCUAUCUCUCUCACAUUCUCUUAUCCAUGGCUAUCCUAGGUUUCUCGAUUUUGGGCAUUAUUGGCUCGGCUUUUGCCUACUUCAUUGCUACUGCUCUCUCCGGUAUCAUAUGGAAAGACUCCAAAGCAGACGGAACGCCUAAAGACGCAUGGCCACCCAGUCCAAAUGGUCUCCCUUACAUAUGGAACGGUCUUAAAUUUCUUGGAGGAUCUCCAUACGAGAAGUUCACUGAGUGGAGUACGGAGCUUGGCGUCUUAUUCUCGGUCCAGCUCGGGUUCAAGCAGAUCAUCGUGGCCAACGAUGCCGAUCUGGUGAAGGAAUUGUUUGUAGAUCAGCAACAAUAUAAUUCUGGCAAGAUUACCGGCGAUCUCGUAGAAGGCGCUAUGACGGAUUCAGGGCACACUGUUUUCACGGCUCCAUUCGCGGAAUAUUGGCGAUCUAUCCGAAAGGCAAUCCAUGGAACUGUAGGCAAGGCUCACGUUGGGCAAUUCAAUGAACUUUUUGAUAGUCAAAGCCGCAAGCUGGUCUCCUUACUGGCGGCCAAAGUGGAUGAGAGCUCCGCAAACCAAAUCAACCCCCGCAGUGUGGUGGAGUACAUUGCAUUGACAACAGCGUUGUCUAUCACUGCCGGUAAAACGUAUAACGCCGAAGAUUUGGACUUGGUGAGAAUCGUUGAAGACUUGGAAGAAAUGGAGAGACUCCAAUCCGCCAAAUAUACCCGGCUCGCUGCCUUCUUUCCCUGGCUCAAGGCUGCUCUCGGCUUCAAAAAUCUCAUCCUUGGGGAUAAGGAUCUUAACAAUCUCCGUAGCAAGAUGCUCAACCCUUUUUAUGAUAUGAUGGUGGAAACAGAAGAAAAAAUCCAGGAAAAGCAGCCUCAGGUGUCCAGUAUCUGUGCUAAACUUUUGGCCAUCGAGUCUGUCCCUGGUGCAGUUGUGGAUGGCAAAAUGUCAGGCCCAGUCCCAUUCAAGAAGGAACAAGCCUUGGUCAAUAUUACACACAUCACGCACCAUGCUUACACCUAUAUUAGCUCUGCCUUGAACACACUCAUCCAGCGUCUAGCUACCGAGGAACAGGUUCAAGAACAAGCAUACAAUGAAAUUGUGGACAUGCUUGCCGGCAAGCCUGUACUUGACUUCAAGACCAAGGAUUUGGUGGGCAAGAUGCCCUAUCUCGGUGCUGUUAUCAAAGAGUCUUUGCGAAUGAACCCUCCACAGACAUUAUUUGCUCAUGCCGCUCGUGCUGAUGAAUCGUUUGCCUAUAAGGACCAAGUCUAUCGUAUUGACAAUCGAAAUGAAAUAGUGGCCAACUUGGAUGCUAUCCACUUCGAUAGCAAGCGCUAUACCACCAAGGAUGGGCAUGGUCCAAAGGAGUUUUACCCAGCACGAUUUUUGCCUCCUCAUGCACCUAAAGGUUUCUCCACGCUCUCAUCCUAUGACCUCUACACUCUGAACUCUGGCGAGGAUAAGGCACGUGACUUGUCCCGAGACCAUUUGGCCUUUGGAGCCGGUCGUCGUAUAUGCUUAGGGGCAGAGGUCACGGAACGCACCUUGUUAUCUACCAUGGUUCAAUUAUUACACCACUACAAGCUUUCUGGAGGAGAUGUUCAUAGUAAGAAGCAUCACUUAACCAGCGUUUAUGGCUGGACUGGCCGCACUGAGUUGAUUGGCGGUGACAUAAAAUUCACACCAAGACAGUGAAACCCCAAAUUGACAGAUAAGAAAAGAGAUCGCUGAGGUAAUAAUAC